ACGCUGCCCUACCCAAACCGAUGCGGCUCUAAAAUCCUCUCCUGAAGUCGUCACCGCUGUGCCCUAGAGUUGCCGCAGCGGCCGUGCCGUAGCUCGCCGCCGACGCCUCGCGCCCCCAACCCCUCCGCCGACGCCGCGCGCGCCGCCGCUCCUGUCCUACCUCGUCGCCUCCCUGUUGUUCCCCCCCGGUAAGCAGUCUCGGGCAUUGAUUUUUCGAGACCCGCUCUUGUUCCCGGCGCGGUGAAGGCCAUGCCGACCACGCCGGAUAUUGUGCUGGACGGUGACGGCGGUGGCGGAGAGGGCGAAAAGCCCGAUCAGGAUACAAAGGCCGGCGGAGAUUACGUGGUGGCAACGGAGACUGAGGGAAUCGCAGGCUACUAUGAUCCGGCUGACAAGGAGCCCGUGGAAGAUGCUGGCGUUGGGGUGCAAUUGAACGAGAGUAGCUUUGCUGUGGAUGAUCCCACAAAGCUGGGUGCUUCCAUGGUUGAUGAUGAUUCUGAUAUGGUUCCCGUUGGAGGUCGAGAUGGUCAAGAUAUUCAUCAUGGUGCUGACGACUCUGCUCACUUUGGACAUGGUCUGCAAGAUGAUGGUUCUGUUCUGGUUAGUGACAAUGGUGAAGAUUCUCAGGAUAAGGAGGGGGCACGAAUGGAUGCAGUUGCUACAACUGCAUUGAAUGAUAUGGAAGCAGAGCCUUUCAGAGUUGAUGAUGGUUUUGCAGAGGAGGGCACAAAGAUGGACACGCAUGCAUCAACUGAAAAUGACAACGAGGAGGAAGGGGUUGCAACAGCUGGUUACGCUUCCAUGGAUGAGGGUAGGCAGAUAGAUGCAGUUUCUGCGAGUAGAGAUGACAAGGAGAGAGCUGCUGGUACAGCUUAUGUUGACGCCACAGGUGAGGGUACACACGUGGCUGCAGUUGGUCUGACUGGAGAUGAUAACCGGGAAAAGGAGGUUUCGUCAACUGUCAAUGACGGUGAGGAGGGCAUGGAAAAAUAUGCGGCUAUUACGGCUGGAGAUGAGGAUGAAGAAAAUAUCAUGGCUUCCCAAAUUGUUGCUGAGGAAGCUGAUAGUGUUCUCGAAGAAGCUGCAGCUGACAUGACUAAUAAUGUUAUUACAGAGGAGGUCACAAAAAUGGAUACACUUGCCACAGCUGGAACUGACAAUGAGGAAGGGGUUACAACAGCUGGUGAUGCUUCCGCAGAUGAGGGGUGGCAGAUGGAUGCAGUUUCCAUGAGUAGAGAUGUCAUCAAUGAGAAAACUGCUGAUGCAGCUGGUGUCGGUGCCACAGAUGAGGACAUACAAAUGGAUACAAUUGGCCUGACUGGAGAUGAUAAUCAGGAGACAGAGGUUGUCUCAGCUAGGGAUGAUGGUGCAGAUGAGGAAGGCCUGGAAAAAUAUGCGGUUUCUACAACUGGAGAUGAGGAUGAAGAAGAUGGCAUUGCGGACCAAAAUGUCACUGGAGAAACUGAUAGUGUUCCGGAAGAAGCUGAAGUUGACAUUGACAUGGUUGGUAAUGAUAUACCUGGACAAGAGGAUGUGCAAAUGGAUGGGGAGGAUGAUGAUGAUGAGCCUCCACCAUUGACAAGGAAAGGUGGAAGGCGCCCAAAGCCAUGUCGUCAAUCUUCCAAGGCUAAGGCUUUGGUGAAGCCAUCUGCUAAAAAGAAGGAUGAGGAGGAGGUCUGCUUCAUUUGCUUUGAUGGUGGUGACCUUGUGAUUUGUGAUCGUAGGUUUUGCACUAAGGCUUAUCAUCCUGGCUGUAUUAAUCGGAACGACGAAUUCUUCAAGUCGAAGGGUCGGUGGACUUGUGGGUGGCACAUUUGUAGCAACUGUCAGAAACCUGCUCGCCAAAUGUGUUACACAUGUACAUAUUCCUUGUGUAAAGUGUGCAUUAAAGAUACAAAAUUCAUCUCUGUCAGAGGAACAAAAGGCCUCUGUGAGACAUGCAUGAAUACUGUGAUGCUGAUAGAGAACAGAGAGGAGGCAACAGAACAAAUGGAUGUUGACUUUGAUGACAAAGAAGGCUGGUGGUCCUUGUUCAAGGAUUAUUGGUUGAAUUUGAAAGCGACGUUGCCAUUGACAUUUGAACAAGUAUCAGCAGCUAGGCGUCAAAAGAAUGAAUCUUCUAGUAAACUUUCUGAAACUAAUGAUGCAGAAGAGGCUAAUUCAGACGGUUCGGCUGAGCGUCCUCUAGAAAGCAAUUCAUCGAAAAAGAGGGGAAGGAAGCAAUUAAAGCGUGCUGCUAAUGAGGACAGCUCCAAAGGGAAAGCAAGCACUCGGAAAUAUACCAAACGAGGCCUCUCAAGUAAUUCUAAGAAUUCUACGGGGGCAAAGGUCAGAAAAUUAUCAAAACGUGCUUCGAGCAGUGAGCAUGGAUCAAAAGAAUCUGAAAGUGUGGGGACAUCUACAUCCUCAGCGGAAGAGGCUAGUUGGGCUUCAAAGGAGCUCUUGGAUUUUGUUGCAUGUAUGAGAAAUGGUGACAAAUCUGCUCUGUCUCAGUUUGAAGUUCAAGGCCUCAUACUUGAGUAUAUCAAACGUGAAAAUCUCCGCGAUCCUCGCCGGAAAAGCCAGAUAGUUUGUGAUCCUUUACUGCAAAGUCUCUUUGGGAAAGAACGUGUUGGGCAUUUUGAGAUGCUGAAGCUUCUCGAGUCUCAUUUUCUGAUGACUGAGAUCUCACCAGUUGAUAUCGAUGACAACCACGGUGGUGUUGUAGACCCUGAUCCUGGCCAGGAUGUUGAUGGUAACAGUGAAGCAUCAGUUGUGAUGAGUUCAGAAAAGAAAAGAAAAUCACGCAAGUAUGAUCAGAGAGCUAUGCAAACGAACCUAGAUGACUUUGCCUCGAUAGAUAUCCAUAACAUUGGUUUGAUGUACCUGCGCCGCAACCUAAUGGAAGAGUUGAUUGUUGACACUGACACAUUUAGUGAGAAAGUUCUUGGAGCAUUUGUGAGAAUAAGGAUAUCUGGUACAGGUCAAAGGCAAGACAUCUAUCGACUUGUGCAGAUUGUUGGGACUGGAAUAGCUGCUGAGAAGUAUAAAUGUGGAAAAAGGACAACUGACAUAACACUAGAGAUACUAAACUUGGACAAGAAAGAGGUUAUUACUAUUGAUAUAACCUCAAACCAGGAAUUCACUGAGGAGGAGUGUAAACGUUUACGACAGAGCAUAAAGUGUGGAUUCAUUUCAAGGCUGACAGUGGGAGAGGUUCAGGAGAAGGCAAGGAUUCUCCAGUCCGUGAAAGUCAAUGAUUGGAUUGAAAGUGAAAAGAUGCGUCUUGCACAUCUUCGUGAUCGUGCCAGCGAUAUGGGCCAUAGAAAAGAGCUUAGAGAAUGUGUAGAGAAGCUGCAGCUUCUAAAUACGCCAGAGGAGCGUGCUCGUAGGCUAAAGGAAGAACCUGAAAUACAUGCUGACCCUACCAUGGAUCCGGACUAUGAAUCUCCAGAAGAACCAGAGGAGGAUGCUGAAAAGAGUAGCUUCAGUAAGCCGAGAGGUUCUUUCUCUAGGAAAGAUAGUAAUCCAGUGUCUCCUGGUAAGGGAGAAGGUAAGAGUCCUGCACAGAGGGAUUCAAAAACUAACUGGGAACCAAACCGGAACACAUGGGGUGAAUCAAACACACAUUUGGAAUCUCCCCAUGGACGUACAUUUUCUUCUCAUGGUGAAAGAGCUGGUUACACAGGUAAACCAGAUAGUCCAAACUUUGGUGCACAAAAAGUUAAUGUGGAAGCCACCACAGGCAGUACUCCACGUGGGCUAUCUGGUGUCCUGUCUCAAACUUUAACAGCUAAUUCAGGGUCGGCAGCACCAGCACCACAGUCAACAGUCAAUGAGUCUGAAAAGAUAUGGCAGUAUAUGGAUCCUUCUAAUAAAAUUCAAGGCCCUUUCUCAAUUGUUCAAUUGCGAAAAUGGAACAACAGUGGGUACUUCCCUCCUAAUUUGAAAAUAUGGAAGUCUAAUGAGAAGCAGGAUGACUCAAUAUUGUUGGCUGAUGCUUUGGCUGGGAAGUUUGAGAAAGACCUGCCUCCGUGGGUACCGCCACUUGGUAGCUCUUCUAAGAUAGACAAAGCUUACUUGAGAACCAAGUCAGAUGUUGGUGCUAGACCCUCUAGUGAUCCCAUUCUCGAGGAAAGCACAAAAGCUGGUGAACAAACUUCACAAUCAGUAGUUCCAAAUAGGUCACAGUCUUUCUCGGGCAGGGUUAGUCAAAGACAUGAUUAUGAUAUAGCAAAUCCAGGAUCAACCAUGAUCCAGUCUGGUGCACAAGAUUAUCAUGCAGCUUUUGCAAGCCAGCAAUCUCUUGCUGGGGGUUGGAAUGCGUCCUCAAGUCAGUUUGAUACUACAGUAAAUCCCAUGACACAUUCUCAGCCUACCAUGGGAGGCUUUUCAGGACAGAAUAAUGCAGGAGCGGGAAAUGUAGGUCAGUUAACUCCUGCACCAGCUGCGGCAAUAGUGGGUGCAGAAAUAGUUAAUUCACAGCUGCAGUCCCAGAACCAAAUAGCAUCCGUUUUGCAGCCAAAGGAUGACAGAUUUGUUGACACAAAUGAUUCCAAGUCAGGUGAAGAUGCUUCACAUGGAAGGACAAGAUCUUCAGAUCUUGGACCAGUAGGUGCACAGCCUGGAGCUGCACAGUCCAACGCUCAGCAACUUGAAGAUGCAAGGAACCAAUCAACCGAUGCCUCCAACUCAAUGAUGCCGCCUCAGGUGAUGUCAACGCCAUCUGCUGCUGGUGGAGAUAGUGGUUGGUCCAUGCCUGCACAAGUUGCAAACACAUCUGGCCAAGCUCAGGGGCCUGGAAAUAUGAACUGGGGAUCAGCACUUCAGGGUAAUGCAAACAUGGGCUGGAUGGGACAGACCAAUAUGAGCAUGCCCUGGGCAGCACCAGGACAAGGUGCCACAAGCUACAACAUGGGUUUGACUAUGCCAACACAGCAAAAUGCAGUCCCGAACAUGGGUUGGGUCACACAGAAUCCCGGAAAUUCCAACAUGAAUAUGAUGUGGACUGCAACUCAAGGCCAAGGGACUCCAAAUGCAGCUACUAUGAUGGGAGCUCAGAUGCAAGGAGUUGCAAUGGCCCCUUGGGGUGCCAUGGCACAAGGAAAUGCAAAUUCUUAUCCUGGUUGGGUUCCCCAAGUUGGUAACAUAAACCAAAAUGUUGGCUGGAGUGCUCCUGUGCAGGGAAAUCCAGGUCCUAAUCCUGUAAACGGGACAGGCCAGGCGAAUAAUAAUAUGAACUGGAAUUCACCAGGCAGCAACCCGACUUGGAAUAAUCAGCAAGACUUCAAUGGUGGUGACUCAGGUGGAAGAUCAUGGAGGCCGCAGUCUGGUGGUGGAGGGUCACGGGGGCCUUUUAGGAAGGGAGUCUGCUAUGCCUUUGCAGAGACUGGUCACUGCAAUAGACACCAGUGCCCCUUUGUCCAUACGCAAACCAAUGACGGACAUCCAUCGAGGAAUGAUCGCCGCUUUGAUAGACAACCUUCGAGCAACGAGAGGCAUCAAUAUGACAGGCAAAAUGAGAGAAAUGAUCAGCAGUAUGAUAGGCAUGACAACAGGCACAGCGACAGGGAUAAUAAUAGGCAGGCUGAUAGGUCAGAAUCAAGAGAGCGGCAGUAGCAACUGUUUGGGGUUUUCUCUGUUGUAUUCUCUUUCUCUUGUUGUAUAUGCAGUAGCUAGCCGGUAGCAUCCAUGCAUGUUUCUGAACUUGAUGCGUUGUAGCAAGCUGCAUCCCGUCUGAACUGCCAUGUAGAACAGUUGUAGCUGAACAUCAUGUGCAUUCCAGCUCUUCUGUUUUCUUGACUGGAAUCCGAACUCAUACAUUCUGAAUAAAUCCUGCUGUCAGAUGUGCAAGGACUUGAGGUCGUGUUGUAAUGUUGUGUGAGCUGCUGCUGCUGUGUAUGUGUACAUUUUCUUGGCAUUUGGUGAUAUGUACUCCCUCCUAUACAUAA